AUGACUCCUAUCUUGGCGAACGUCGGCUCUUGGGCUAGCUUGUCAACUAUUCAUGCGCGCAGCAAGAGAUGUUAUUCCUGGAACUGUUUGAUCCCUUCAGAACAAGCCGGUGUUAUCACCAGCGUUGUCGUAACGGCUAUGAUCCUACUUUUUGUCUAUAUGUGCUAUCUAGGCAGAAUCACCAUGGCCCAUCAGGAGGCGGCCACCAGACGCCAAAGUCGGCACCGAGAGCGGAGAAUAACUCACGCACAGCUGCAUCCGGCGUCCUUGGUCCAGCUCCCUAUAGUGCCCCAUUAUCCAAGUGAGAAUGUGGUUUACGCAUGCACACCGUUUAUCUAUCACCCGGGGGGACAAAUCGACAAUUUGCAGAGUCAGGCUACUCGGAUUAUGAUUCCCCAGCAUCCUAUCCCUGCUGUUACGCCCCUUGAUCCAACAACUUAUGCUAGCUUCCCAGCGACAUAUGUUAACUCACCCGGGAGUCAUCCCCAGCCAAACCGAAGAACCAAUUCGAUUUUGAGCUCAGCCCCCUCAGAGCGCUCGUCAAGAGAGAAUUAUGAAUGGUGGCAGCGUAUGCGUCGAGUUUUCGGGAUCCCUUUGGGGCGAGCCUCGACGAUUAACAGCGAUUCCAUGCCGGGUACUCCUAUCAUCCCAGCAUCUGGGCGACAAGUUUUCCAGCGAGAAGUAAGACACGGUCGAAUGGGGCCUGAACGAACAACCCUUACUCAACAUCGGAACUCUGGCUCCGACCGCACUCUCAAUUCGAGUUACUCAGGUCACAAUGCUCGAAACCGAGACGCUGGGCAUCGUGAGACCACAAAUGUGCAAUCACCCCCAUCAGCCGUUGCGACGGUACACAGUGACGACUAUGAUAUUGUCUGA